GUUCCUAUCGAGAUAUGGGACGUAUCUGGAGAUCAAGCGUUUGAGUCGUGCUGGCCGGCAAUCAUGAAGGACGUCGACGGCGUCAUGCUGGUCUACAACCCGGAAAUCCCAACUCACGAUAUCGAGGUCGGCAUCUGGUUCGACCAGUUCGUGAAGCGGCCCAAGCUCGACAACAGGCAGUGCCAGGUCAUCGCGCACAGAGCUAGCCCGACCCCGGCCCCACGAUCCCGACUGCCACCGAAGCUGGCGAGCCUGAGCGGCAACAUUCUGCACACGAAUUUCGCGUCGGUGUCGCAAGUCAUCACCGGCUUCGAAGACUUUUUGAGAGAAGUUCACCAAGCCUCCAUGACCCAACUUCGAAAAUGAAAAAUUAUGCUACUUGGCGAGAACGGGGCUU